AUGCCAAAAUCACCGCCUAUCGUGUUUAUUGCCAGACAUGGCGCCCGUCUCGAUGCUGCAGAUAAAGAUUGGCAUUUGACGGCCACGGAACCCUACAACCCCCCUCUCUCAUAUGGCGGAUGGAUGCAAGCUCGCGCACUCGGAGUUCGUAUAGGGAGUCUUCUUAGGGCUGGGCAGUUCACCGGAAAGGAGCCUGAGAGUCAGCGCAAGCAUCAUCCGACCUCGGAUACUCAGGCAAAACCCACCCCCGCAUCUUCGGACCUGUACCACCGAUAUAACGUCAUUAUCCAUACCUCUCCCUUUCUUCGAUGCCUUCAAACCGCAAUAGGAGUCAGCGCUGGUAUCAACCACCAACAUCCGGCCACAGAGACCCCAAAAUCAAACAGUCCAACUUCUAAGAGUCCUGAAGCCUCGGCCCUCCAUCCACGAUGUCUCAUUCGUGUCGACGCGUUUUUAGGCGAAUGGCUGUCACCAGACUAUUAUGACCAGAUCACACCCCCGCCUGGCUCGGAUAGAAUGGUGGCGUCUGCCAAAGGGGAACUGCUCCGUCGUGCCGAGGUCAUCCCAGCCGCGGAUGGAUCAACACGGGCGCUGGCGGGUCAUUUCCCAGGCGGUUGGGGCAGUCAGUCCCAUCCUACCUCGCCGGCCGAGCAUGAGGAGCGACGGUUACAAUCAGCGCCCGAAGACGGUCAGCGCCAACGUUCUAGCACAUAUCAUACUCUCCAGGACCCCGAUAACACCAAACGCGCCAAGAAGACUUUGGAUCGCUUGAACACAGAUCUGCCACCGGCCCUAGACACGUCUUAUGUUCCUCCGACUCCAGGUUACGCUGUUUCCGCCUCAGAUUCCAUCCCUACAGGCUACGUUGCCCACGCGCGAAAUGCAUGUACGAGAAUCGACUACCAAUGGGACAGCAUGCGUACCCCAUACUGGGGCACAGGAGGCGAAUAUGGCGAGGAAUGGAGCACAAUGCACGAACGGGUCCAUGAUGGAUUCCAGCACAUGAUAAAUUGGUACCGAGAACGGGAGCCACCCGAGGACAGCCCUACGGAAUCUGAUGCCAAUCACCCUGAGGCCGAGACAGUUCUCGUGAUAAUUACCCAUGGCGCGGAUUGCAAUGCUUUGAUCAGUUCGUUGGCUGGACACUCGGUCCUAGUUGACAUUAACACAGCUGCGUUAACAAUGGCUGUGCGACGUGACCGAGUCACCAAUCCCCCGCAUGACAUGGGUUCCAUGCAUACAUCUCCGGUGCCGGUCAACCAAUCGGUGUCACGGGAAUAUUUACUGCAGUUUGUGGCGUCAACUGAUCACCUGCGCCCAGGAAUCAACCCCUCACAGCUGACCUCGCUGUCAUCUCCCUCCGCACCGCAGGUGCCUUCACCGCCAGUCUCUUCUUAUCGCAAUCGUUUGGGUACCCGUUCGUCCGUCCUUCAAGGAACACCCAUAAAUGGGUCAUCCACUAGCUCCAAUUCUAGUCCUCGUGGAUGGACGCUGGCGAUCCGCUCAUCGGCAGCUUCUCGCGGUGCGGGUGGGCUUUGGGGUACGACAUCCGAGAAAGCAGACACAGAAGACAAUUAUAUGCCAGAUUUUGGUGAUCGGCCAGUCAGCCACGACUCGGCACUUCCUGACCAACCUGCAGAUCGUGGCUGGGCCAAGCAACUUCCACAAAGAACACAAUCUCAGCGUGGUCUAUGGGGGAGUGCACAGGGGGAUCAUGAAGGGGGAACGAAACGAAGAUGGACAGUGACGGAGCAGAAGUUAUGA